AUCCAAUUAACAAUCAUUUCAAGAAACCAUUAGAUUCCCAUAAAUAAAGGGCCUAAAGUUUCCAUAUUAUCCAGCUCCUUCAUUUUCUUCCCUUUUUUUCCCUUCAUUUCUUCUUUUCUCCAUUUUCAUAGCCAAAAAAAUCAAAUCUUUAACAAAAUGGGUGGAAAAAAGAAGGCAUUUUCCAAACCCUAACACUUAGCUUCUCUUUUUUUCAAGAAACAAAUUGGGGUAUGCUCAAAAUUUCAAGAUUUUUCAAGAAUCAUGUCCUCAAUGAAGCACGUUGACAAUAUUCCAUCAACCCCAGGAAAGUUCAAGGAAAAAUCCAAUUACAAUAGGCUUAGGCUUCAUUUUUCUGUAGUCAAGCUUACAUUUUGGUCAUUUGUGUUCUUGGGUUUGAUCUUUAUAUGUUUUUUUAAAUCAACAUCUUCAUCUUCAUCCCCUGUAUCUUCAGAUCUCUCAAGAAGAUCUCUUAGAACAAGUUCUUAUGAUGGUCCAGCUUGGGAGAAAAGGAUUAAAGCCUCAGCAAAAAUCAGGUCAACAAAUGGUAUUUCUGUUUUGGUUACUGGUGCUGCUGGCUUUGUAGGUACACAUGUUUCAUCUGCGUUGAAACGACGCGGUGAUGGCGUUGUGGGGUUAGACAAUUUCAAUGAUUAUUAUGAUCCAUCAUUGAAAAGAGCCCGGCAAACUCUGUUAGAGAGUGCCGGGGUCUACAUUGUAGAGGGUGACAUCAAUGAUGUCGCCCUCUUAAAGAAAUUAUUCGAUAUUGUGCAAUUUAGUCAUGUUAUGCAUUUGGCUGCACAAGCUGGUGUUAGAUAUGCUAUGGAAAAUCCUAGCUCAUAUGUGCAUAGUAACAUUGCUGGUUUAGUUAAUCUUCUUGAAUUUUGCAAAAAUGCUAAUCCUCAACCUGCUAUUGUAUGGGCAUCAUCAAGUUCUGUUUAUGGAUUGAAUACAAAGGUUCCGUUUUCGGAGUCUGAUAGAACAGAUCAACCAGCUAGUCUAUAUGCUGCAACUAAGAAAGCGGGCGAAGAAAUUGCUCAUACAUAUAAUCAUAUAUAUGGUCUUUCACUUACUGGAUUGCGAUUUUUCACUGUUUAUGGACCAUGGGGCAGGCCAGAUAUGGCGUAUUUCUUUUUCACUAGGGAUAUUUUGAAGGGGAAGUCUAUAUCGAUCUUUGAGGGAGCUAAUCAUGGGACUGUUGCUAGGGACUUUACCUACAUUGAUGACAUAGUAAAGGGUUGUUUGGGAGCGUUGGACACGGCUGAGAAGAGCACAGGAAGUGGUGGGAAAAAGAAAGGUCCUGCUCAAUUGCGCGUGUUCAAUUUAGGAAACACUUCUCCUGUGCCUGUUUCGGAUCUUGUUACCAUUUUGGAAAGGUUACUAAAGGUGAAAGCUAAACGAGCUGUGAUGAAGUUGCCAAGGAACGGUGAUGUUCAGUUUACUCAUGCUAAUAUAAGCUUAGCACAAAGGGAACUUGGAUAUAAGCCUACAACAGAUUUGCAGACAGGGCUUAAGAAAUUCGUUCGAUGGUACCUUAGCUACUAUGGUGAGGGAAAGAAAAGCGCGCAGUGAUCACAUACAUUCUUUCAAUUCUUGGUUCAUUUACAUUCAUAUUAUUGUUUUAAGCAUACAUCGUGUAUCGCCACAAUUUUCUUCAUUUCAUUAUAUUCUAAUGAUGGGAUACACUGAGCAUAUAUAUAUACGAUCCCACGAUGAAGCUGUGUGAUUGAUUGACAUUGUAAUUUUUCAGGCAAUUUAAUUUGUAUCAAAUGCAACCUGAAACCAACUUUUAUUAUACCAUUGUUGUAGUUUUACAGAGCGCUCAUGAUUGAUAGACAAUUGCUUAUUAUGGA